ACUUCCUCAAUUCUGCUCAGUUCUGAGGUUAUAGUUUACAAUAUGAACGUAUUUAAUGUUUCAUUUAUUUUUAAACAAUUUAUCAAGUUAAACUCUAAAGUUUAGAAUAAUGUUCACAAUAUAAUAGUGCGUGCGAGUGUGUAUUUAAAUUAAUUUCAUAGCAAAAAUGACGACAAAUUUUGCAUUUUUACUUGUAUUGUUAUAUUUAAACUCUUCUAAUCAGCAGUGUUUAACAGAAAAUGAUAAUCAACCCCCCAGUGCCACCACUAGUCUGUAUAGCGGGCAGCAUAUAUUUUCCUUCACACUUUUAAAUGCCAUCAACCACCACUUUCCAACAGAGAAUAUAUUCUUCUCACCGUACACCACAUAUCGGGGCCUUUUAUUGGCCUAUUUCUUAUCCAAUGGACAAACCGAGUUUGAAUUGAAGAACAUUUUAGCGCUAAAAUCUACACAAUCGAAAAUAGAUUUUUUCCAUGCAUACCAACUGGACAAGCUCCUGACUCGUCUGCAUAAAUCAAAUAGUAGCUAUGAACUUGCUGAUGUUAACAAAAUUUACGUUAGUGAUGACAUUGCUAUAAGAGAGUGUGUGGGUACUCUUUUUUUAGACGAAUUACAACAAAUUUCGUUUAAACCUGAUCCCGAAAAUGCUACAGUUGCUAUUAAUGAAUGGGUGAAGGGACAGUCACACAAUUUAAUAAAAAAUAUACUGCCACAAAAAAGCUUUAAUGUAAAUACAACCUUAGCUUUAGUAAAUGCUGCCUAUUUUGAAGGAACAUGGGAUAGGCAGUUCAACCGUGUUGAAACGUUCUACAUAAGUCCUUCAUCAGCUAAAUUAGUUCCUAUGAUGUACACCGAAGAUUAUUUCAACCACGAAGUGUCCGUCGAUUUACAAGCCCACAUUUUGGAAAUGCCGUACGAAGGAACAGAAAUCAGCAUGUAUAUCAUUUUACCCCCCUUCACCAACUACGAAGACACUCUGAAGCGAUUAAAUGUCGAAAAUUUUAAAAAGAUGGUCGCCAGCGACCGCCUUCUUUCAAAGAAAGUUCGCGUAUCGCUUCCUAAGUUUUCUAUGGAGGAGACUAUUGAUUUGAGACCGGUUUUUGAGUCCUUGGGGGCGUCAAAAUUGUUCAAAAGUGGUGCCGAUUUCUCAGUACUGUCUAAAGAAGAGAAUGUUUACUUCUCCAACGGAUUUCACAAAGCGAAGAUUUUGGUUAGUGAGCAAGGGGCGGCUCAAAGUGGGCGUCAGAAUUUAGUAUGGAGGAUUGGAAAUGAUGGGGAUCAAGUUCCAGCGCAGUUUAAGUGCAACAGACCCUUCAUUUUUGUUAUUUAUAAGAAAAGUACGCAUACGAUUUUGUUCAUUGGAAUGUAUCGAAAAUAGACGUUGUUAUUUUUUCAUUUUUACACUGUUGGUAAAGAUACGUUGAUAAAACAUAUUAGAAAAAUUGGUGUAGUUAUUUAUACAUACUUGACCAAAAUGUCCAUUGGACCUUAAAUUUUCUGGUCACUUUAACCAAAGAACAAAGAGUUAAUACAUUUUUUGACAUGACGUUAGAAAUAUUUAGUCUGAAGCCUUUUUGACUUCUUCACUCAUUAAAAAUUCUGCUACGUCCAAACUACGACAGACAGAAAACCUGGGCACCUGAGGUCUAUUUUU